GGCUGCGUUGGAACCUCGCGAGAGGAGAUGAGGGUCACCGCCGAGGAAACAUCGCCCAUCAGGCAGGUGCUGCCUCCGGAACUCUGAAGCCGAAGAUCCGGAACUAAGGGCACCAACUGCAGGAUCACGCCUCUCUGGCCUUGUAGUCAAGUCAGUGUAGGGCAUGGUCCGGUUUGGACCAUAAGUUCUUCUUCUUCGAGUUUCAAUUUUGUACGUUUCUCUUGUUUGCUCCCCAACACAGUGCUACAGGAGGGUUUUGUUUUGUUUUGUUUUGUUUGGCGCUGAGGAAACAGACUUUGAAAGAGUAAAUGAUAAGAACAAGGUCACAUAAGAAAAGGAACACACUUAUUCUUUCAUAUCUCUAUUGUAUCUUAGUGAAAAAUGCCACGAAAUCGUCUGUGGAUAAGAGAGGAAACAAGAAUGUUGGGGGCCAUACAAAUAAUGACUGGCAUAUUUCUUCACUGCCUGGGACUGCUCUGGAUGUAUUUGUUAUUGACACAAACUAUUGCAUUUGAAGCCACAUAUAUUCCUCUUGCAUUACUAACGGCAUACCCAUUUUGGUCAUCCUUGCUUUUUAUCUUCACGGGGGCCUUUACAGUAUCAUUAGAAAAGAUACGUUCACCAUUCUUGGUGUCUUAUACUUUAGUAGCAAACAUCGUAAGUGCCUGUAUUUCAGUGAUUGGUCUGCUUUUACUAUCAAUUGAGUUUAUAAUACAUAGUAAAAGUUCAAAAAAUUCUCUUUGGCCACAUAAAAGUGGCAAACUCCUUUCAGAAUAUCUGUUCAUAUUAACCAUCUUGGAGUUGUUUGUGGCAAGUAUAGUCAGCCACUGGGCAUCCCAAGCAAAAAAGAGAGGAAGAUAAAGAUGCAGUUCAUGGCAGAAGGAGAUCCUUUCUCUACAUAUUAAAGAAACCAUUGGUGAGCUCAGUCAAGGAGGAAAGUUUAGUGGCAAAUGAAGAACUUCAUUCUGUUCAAGAGGCUUCUUGGAAAAUGUAAUUUCAUUAAAUCCAUCUCAGUAUUCUCUUCCACCUAUUUCAUUAAUAAAAAUUAAAAUUGAUGAAUA